AUAGAUAAUGCAGCAGCGAUUGUAGAAAUUGGAAUAGAUUCUCAUUAAAUUUAAUGACAAGCACUAACUAGUAAUUGAAUAUAUGAAUUCUUAUAGUUAAGAAGAGGAAUAUAUGUGGGAUUUAUUAUUAAUGCAGGCUUAUUCUACUCCUAAGUAAUUAAUACUUCCUUCACAAUUAGAUGACUAAAUUUGCAGCAUUGAAAAGAAUGCAAGAAUAUAUGGUUGAAAAAACCUAACAAUUCGAAAGCAGAUUGAAUUCUGAGCAAGAGUAAAUUAUCAAAUCUCUCAAAGAGUGAGUGUGAAUAAGAGAAACUUUUUAAAUCCAAUACAAUUAAUC